CAUUCCUCGGCAGCCAUGGCCGCCCCGUCGGAGCCCCCCAGCGCUGCCACCCCCCCACCGCCGCCCCCCGCCCGCCGCUGUCUCCCCGCUUCCUCCGUGGAGCCGCUGCUCUUCCUCGCCACGCUGGCUCUCGGUUUGCAGGGCCCGCUGGCCACCCAGUACCUAUGGGAUCGGCUCGGGGCCGAGCGCGGCUACGUGGGCCCCAAUGGCAGCAGCCCCGACGGCUGCAGGAACGGCAGCGGAGCCAUCGAGCCGCUGCGGGAGGAGGUGGAAGCGUUGGUCGCCCAUUGGAACCUCUACAUCAAUCUGGGGGGUUUCUUCGUGGGGCUCUUCUCGGUGACGCUCUUUGGGCCGUGGAGCGACAGCGUGGGCCGGCGGCCGGUGCUGGUGCUGCCAGCAGUGGGCAUGGCGGUGCAGGCAGCCGUGUACCUCCUCGUCAUGUACCUGCGGCUGCACGUUGCCUACCUGCUCCUGGGACGCAUCGUCAGCGGUCUCCUGGGGGACUACAACCUGAUCCUGGCCGGCUGCUUCGCUUCCGCGGCCGAUAGCAGUGACCGACGCGCGCGCACCUUCCGCGUGGCCAUCCUCGAGGCCUGCCUCGGCGUGGCGGGCAUGGCGGCCAGCGUUGGCGGUGGCCAAUGGCGCAAAGCAGAGGGUUACAUCAACCCCUUCUGGCUGGUGCUCGCCGCCAGCCUCGCUGCUGCUCUCUAUGCUGCUUUAUGCCUGCAGGAAACGGUGAAGCAGCGGAGAGCGGCCAAGCUGUUGACGCUCCAGCACUACAAGGCUGUCUACAGGCUGUACACGGCCCCGGAAAACCUGAGCUCCAGGAGGAAGCUUGCCCUCUACUCCUUGGCUUUCUUUCUUCUUGUCACUGUCCAUUUCGGAACCAAGGAUCUCUAUGUUUUAUAUGAACUUGGCUCCCCGCUCUGCUGGGCCUCUGAUCUCAUCGGGUACGGCUCAGCCGCCAGCUACCUGGCGUACCUGAGCAGCCUGGGGGGGCUGCGGCUGCUGCAGCUCUGCCUGGAGGACACCUGGGUGGCAGAGAUAGGACUCAUCUCCAAUAUUGCUGGGCUGGUGGUGAUUUCGCUUGCUACCACAACACCACUGAUGUUUACAGGUUAUGGGAUUAUGUUCCUGUCCAUGGCAGCUACUCCAGUUAUCAGAUCCAAGCUCUCCAAGCUGGUCAGUGAGACGGAGCAAGGUGCUCUCUUCGCCUCUGUUGCCUGCGUGGAAGGGCUGUGCUCACUCGUGGCUACAGGGGUGUUCAACUCCCUCUACCCUUCCACCUUGCACUUCAUGAGGGGAUUCCCCUUUCUCUUUGGGGGCAUCGUUCUCCUCAUUCCAGCAGCUAUCAUGGGGUGGAUAGAAAUCCAGGACUCCAACCUUCAGUACAGCCACUUCUCCGAUGCUUCCUCGUCCCCUGCAGACGGCUGAGCAGCAGCUUAGCAAUGAGGAACUGCCCAUUCUGGCAGCGUCCGUCCAUAGACUGCUCUUUAUUCUUCACUUGUAGAACAGAUCAGUGUGUGAGGGACACCUUGGUUGUCCUUACUGAUUUUUAAAUGCCAAAAAGUUGGAAGUCAUGGCUCUGAGUGCCAGGAGGAGCUUGAUGUGCAGUUGUGAAUAUCUCCUUGCUGUGAUGUUGGCUCAUCACAGAGAGAACCCAAGGGACUACUCAAAAGCCAAUCAAGAGUAAAAGCUAUUGGUGGCCAUUUGCAAGGCCAGUAGUGGUUGGGUUGAGUUGGAUUUGUCUGGGCCGAGUUGGGUUGAGUUUGGUUGGUUGGGUUGGGUUGAGUUGGGUUUGUUUAGGUUGAAAUUGAUUGGUUAGGUGUAAUUGGAUUGGGUUGAGUUGAGUUGAGUUGGUUUGAUUUGGGUUGAGUUUGGUUUGCAAGGUGAGGGUGGGGAUGGAUAAUGAGAAAGAGAGAGCUGAAUUCUGGCUUAAUUGAUACUCUCCUCUGAGUACCACAGUGUGCAGCAGAUGAGCUGUUGGUGUGGGUGAAGCCCAGACCAGAGCACGCAGGGCGAGGUUAAAGCAGAGGUAGCCCAACAAUGUUCUGCUGAGAAAAACAUCUGUGCUCCAAAUCAGUGUGUUGUGAUUAAAAGUUGUAGGAAUGUGGCAGGCCAGUGGUUUUCCAUGGGAGUGCUAUUGCAGUCCUUGUUCACUGAGCUAGCUAGCUUUAGCUUCAUAGUGGUGAUCUAGGAAGAAAAUGUGCCAGAAGUGCUUGUUGCUAUGAGUGCCAGUGGCAUGUCUGUCUGCCUGCAGCUCAGACCAGCUCAGGUUGGAUAUUAGGAAAAAUUUAUUCUCUGCAAGAGCAGUGAUGCAUUGGCACAGGCUGCCCAGGGAGGUGGGGGAGUCCCCACCCCUGGAGGUGUCC